GGAAGGGCGUUCGGGGUUUGGGAAAGCGGCAGCUGUCUGGAGACCCCUAAGGCUCGCCUCCUCUGACCUGAGGGGAGAGCGACACCAACUCCGGGAGGGGACCCCACCCGGGCUCCCUCUCGGUGGGCACAUCCCGCUCCCUUGCUUAAGGGGAAGGAUUCAGAAUGGAGCUCAGGAGUUAGGAGCCCUGGGUGGGUUGCGCCGGUUUAGCCAGUUCGUCCCUGGGGAGACUCUGGUGGCUCAGGGGCGGCAGAGAAGGCUCCUGCACCCACCUGAGGGCUGGAGGGAUGGGUUUGGUGGACUGAAAAGGACUCACAUGGAAGCCGAGGGAGGGUUGGGAAGAGGGGCUUGGAACCCUGCUGGAGCUGAGGGUCCGCAGCUUGGAGCCCCCAGCACCAACUCUUGCCCGAAAUCGUGCUGUGCCAGCAGUUUCCAGGCCGGUUUACAUAAGGCCAGGCAAGUCAGUUCAGAGGCGGGCAGAAGUCUCCAAUACCCACCUAGCCACUCUCCCAGCUCAGCACACAGCCUCAACCUGCUGUCCUGUCAGCUGGGAAUAAACCCUGCCUCCUGCUGGGACUGUAGCGUAGCCUCAUUCGCCCUUGUCUUUAAUCGCUCAAACCUGGAGUUUCCUAAACUGAGCAGCAGGUGUCUGGCUGGUGUCCUGUCUCCACCAAAAUGCCAAGCUUGGUGGCUCUCAGCCAGCCUCCAAGUGCCAUGGCUGGCUCAGAAGCACCUGUCCCAAUCCCUGGCCAGCCCCACCAGGGUCUGCAGCACUGGAAACACACCCCACACCUGAGUCAUCUCCCUUCACUUUGCCUUCUCCCCAGGUGCCCUCAGUAGUCCAAUCCCAGUGAAGAGCUGCUGGGCCGGAUGGUCAUGGGGGAGCCCAGUAGAGAGGAGUAUAAAAUCCAGUCUUUUGAUGCAGAGACCCAGCAGCUGCUGAAGACAGCACUCAAAGAUCCAGGUGCUGUGAACUUGGAGAAAGUGGCCAAUGUGAUUGUGGACCAUUCCCUGCAGGACUGUGUGUUCAGCAAGGAAGCGGGACGCAUGUGCUACGCCAUCAUCCAGGCAGAGAGCAAGCAAGCAGGCCAGAGUGUCUUCCGACGUGGACUCCUCAACCGGCUGCAGCAGGAGUACCAGGCUCGGGAGCAGCUGCGAGCCCGCUCCCUGCAGGGCUGGGUCUGCUAUGUCACCUUCAUCUGCAACAUCUUUGACUACCUGAGGGUGAACAACAUGCCCAUGAUGGCCCUGGUGAACCCCGUCUACGACUGCCUCUUCCGGCUGGCUCAGCCCGACAGCCUGAACAAAGAGGAGGAGGUGGGUGGCCAGAUGUGGGCAGUACCCACUGCUUGGCAUGAGGAUGAAGCCACAGGUCACGAAGGACACACCACGGUGCCCGGCACUCAGCAAGCACUGUCUUCAUCUGCCCUGUGUAACGUGCAGCCCUGCCCGAGUCUCACCUCCCGCUGCCCUGCAGGUAGACUGCCUGGUGCUACAGCUGCACCGGGUCGGGGAGCAGCUGGAGAAGAUGAACGGGCAGCGCAUGGACGAGCUCUUUGUCCUCAUCCGGGAUGGCUUCCUGCUUCCAAUGGGCCUCAGCUCCCUGGCCCAGCUGCUGCUGCUGGAGAUCAUCGAGUUCCGGGCAGCCGGCUGGAAGACCACCCCAGCAGCCCAGAAGUAUUACUAUAGUGAGGUCUCCAACUAGGCCUCCAGCCCUGGGGGCCCUCACCAGCUGUACCAGCCUUUGUUCCACCCACUUCCCAACCUAGCAAGGGAGUAUUCACCUCCCCAAAGACUUUCCCUUCUAGACUUUCAUCAUCUCCCAAGGUGUUUCCCACUUACAACAUGGUCCUGCCCUGAGCACCUUCCCUUCCCGCUUAGGGGUUGGGGAAGACACCAAACAGACCUGAUCCUCCAGGCUGGAGCCUGUUGAUAGUCUUCCAUCCCCCCCACCGCAGCCCCAUCAGCCCCUUCUCCCACCACCUUCCACCUGGGCCAGGCAAAAAGGGCAACUCCUACCAACUAUUACACUGUGU